UAAACACCCGUUAGCUACUGAGCUACGCUCGUGCCAUACACGCAUAAACUCUACUCUUGGCUGCACCCUGUCAGAUCAGGCGGUGCAUCCACUAGCUAAGCCAUAAACGGAGCCGCUGGGUUCAGCAGCAAAGAUGGCUGCAGAGACCUUCUUCCCUGGAGAGACGCUCCGCUCUCUUGUGACCGUCCCCAAGGCAACGGGAGGGACCACGGUCGCCAUUUUGGCAAUAGUCACGUUGCUGUAUCUCUACCGAAAGCUGGGCACAGGCUCUAAACCUCCAAAGGACCAGACCUAUCCUCCUUAUAUCCCCUCCUCUAUACCCUUUCUGGGACACGCAAUUGAAUUCGGAAGAAGUCCGAUCGAAUUUCUCAUAAAGGCACACAAAAAGUACGGCAAUGUUUUCAGUUUCACAAUGGUGGGAAAAACAUUCACCUAUGCCAUCGGCUCUUCUCCGUGCUCUGUUUUCUUCAACUCGAAAAACGAAGACCUAAAUGCCGAGGAGGUGUACUCGAAACUGGUUACACCGGUUUUCGGAAAGGGUGUGGCUUACGAUGUUCCAAACAAGUUGUUUAUGGAGCAGAAGAAGCUACUGAAGACGGGUCUCUCGAUGGCCCACUUUAGAAGAUACGUCCCACUCAUAGAACAGGAGACAAUGGGAUACUUCCAGAGAUGGGGUGACAGCGGAGAAAGAGAUCUGUUUGUGGCGUUGUCUGAGCUGAUUAUUCUUACGGCCAGCCGAUGUCUUCACGGGAGGGAAAUCCGAGAGAGAUUGGACGAGCACAUUGCUCAGUUGUACUUUGACCUCGAUGGUGGAUUCUCUCAUUUGGCCUGGCUCCUCCCUGGAUGGCUUCCACUCCCUUCAUUUAGGAAGAGGGACAGAGCACGUAUAGAAAUGAACGACAUCUUCAAGGAAGUGAUUCGCAAGAGGAGAGAGAAUCCCGAUGAAGAGGACAAAGACGACAUUCUCAACACUCUGAUUCACGCCACGUACAAGGACGGGAGACAAUUAUCUGACGACGAGAUAGUUGGAAUGUUGAUUGGGCUUCUCCUGGCCGGUCAGCACACAUCAUCUACCACCAGUGCCUGGCUCGGAUUCUUCAUCGCUGGAAACAAAGAACUCCAGGACCAAGCAUAUGGAGAGCAGGUGACUGUACGCGGACACGACCUCCCUCCGCUGGAGUUUGACCAGUUGAAGAGCCUGGAGUUUCUCGAUCGCUCUCUGAAAGAGACUCUGCGACUGAGGCCUCCCAUUAUGACCAUGAUGAGGAUGGUCAAGACACCUCAGGUCGUGGGAGGUUAUACAGUGCCAGUGGGUCACCAGUUGUGUGUGUCUCCCACUGUAAACAGCCGUCUGGAGGAAGUAUGGGACAAUCCCCAGCUAUUCAACCCUGACCGGUUUCUGGAUAAGAGUGCCGCAGACAGCGAAAAAUUUGCCUACAUACCGUUUGGAGCAGGUCGCCAUCGUUGCGUCGGAGAAUCGUUUGCGUACAUGCAGAUCAAGACAAUCUGGUCUGUCCUGCUCACGAAAUACGAGUUUAGCCUGAUUGACGGGUAUUUCCCGCCCGUUAACUACUCGACGAUGAUCCACACACCCACAAGACCCGUCAUUUCUUACAAGAGACGCUGACGUGUUUUUUUUCCCCUGGAGACUUUACUUACUAAUCCAUAGAGACUUACAAAGUUGUGGAGGAAACGUAUUUCUGUGUAAAAAGUGUGUAAGGCUAAUUCAUACGUGCACAGCUCCCAAUACUAUUGAAUUUCACACCUUUAAAAAGGAAAUGUUGAUUAAUAUUUGCACUGAAUACAAGACACUACAAGCAGGGGAUUUAUAGGUUCAAAUGGUACAUACAUACAAGGGUUAAACAACACACCGGCAUGCAAUAUAUUUUUUAUUGCACUAGUUUCGACUACUACAUACAUGUAUUGAAUGAACAUCAAAGUUUUUAAAGAUCACAGCAGAAGUUUGCUGAAGCAGAUCUCCGACAUCAUUAGUCGUCAUAUGAGGAGCUAGAAGCUGAAUUGACGGCACUGAUGAUGAUAGAAAAGAUGAUGAACCCGACAAUAGAGAACGAGCCGGUCAGAAUGCCAGCAAUGCCCCAGUUCCUGGCCGUGCGAGAGGCGCUUACGGCUCCAGCGUGGUUGCCACGUGACCAUUCAGACUCCACCUACAAUAAUUAUAGAACAACAUAAAACUUCACAGAGGGGUAUAGAAAAAAUGUUGAGAGCGGCAUAGAAAACUUUACAGAGCAACAUAAACAUAUUUCAGAGCAACAAUACUUUAUGCAGACUCCACCAAGUAACAGAUGAGACAGUGGAAAUCCUAUCUAAGGGCACCCCUAACCCUGAAAUAAAGACACCUCUCUAAUAAGGACGUCUUUUCUUUCCCCAAGAACCGUUUCUUUUUUGACGUAAGGACACCUCACUAGUAUUAGGGACACUCCUGGUGUCCAGAGGGAUUCCACUAUCAAGGCUAUUUUAAGAGUUGCCGUGUGGUGUAGUUCCCUUUGAAGCACAUAGGUAUCUUCAAUUUUGCUUCACUACACUCCUACAAUUACAUUACCAUACUGUCAAUAGAGGGUAUAUAUAUACAAUUCUUUAAAUUCUUCGCAGCGAUAUGAACAGCCUUUGCCCAUUUGCCAAUUAGGGACUGCUAUUGCAUAUGUCCACUAAGCAGUUCUUUUUCCUAUAGCGUAAAGUACACAGACUUAGCAUGGGCUUAAAAU